AUGUCCAUGUAUCAAAAAUGUUUCAAUACAAUUUUAGGAACUCGUAAAACAGUUAAGACACAUUUGCUAGUGUAUGGAAUAAUUCGAAACUAUACUUUUUGGUUUCAUUAUGGAGAACGUUUGGGUGAGCCAGAAUCAGAUACAAAAUCUAAUGAUGAAGCUGGUGAUGCAAUAGAAGAAUGUGAGAGUGAUAAUGAAGUAGAAGAAUUGUUGAGAGAUUUAUAUCCUAAUCAUCAUGGAGGAAGUACACACAUAGAUUGUGAUGAUUUACUUGUGGAAGAACCAAAUGUUGAAGCAAAAUUUUUUUACAGCCUAUUGAAGGAUUUCGAGCAGCCACUAUACCAAAAUUCAAAAGCUUCAAAGCUUUCCUCUUUGAUCAAAUUACUUCAUAUCAAAAGUAUGAGUCGUUGGAGUAAUGCGUCAUUUGCAAUGUUAUUGAAAAUAUUGAAAGAGGAGUUGUUGCCUGAUGGCGCUGUUUUGCCAAACUCAUAUUAUGAGGCGAAGAAGAUAAUUAAAGAACUUGGGAUUUCUUAUAACAAAAUUAAUGUUUGUACUAAUGAUUGCAAGUUAUAUUCGAAGGAGGAUAGCUUACUCGAUUCUUGCAAAGUUUGUGGUGCGUCCAAAUGGAAAAUAAAUACACAUAGUGGGGAAACAAGUAAUAAGAAAGGUAAAAAGAUAGCUUUAAAGAGCUUACGCUAUUUUCCCUUCAAGCCUAGACUUCAGAGGUUGUUUAUGUCUACAAAGACAUCUACUCUAAUGACAUGGCAUAAGGAUGAAAGAGUUUAUGAUAGAAUAAUGAGUCACCCAGCUGAUUCAAUGGCAUGGAAGUCAUUUGAUGAACUUCAUCCUUCAUUUGCACUUGACCCUCAUAAUUUUUUACUUCGACUUGCUACUGAUGGAUUCCAACCAUUUUGGAAUUCAAAAACCUCACAUUGCAUUUGGCCUGUGGUUUUUAUUCCUUAUAAUUUACCACCUUGGUUGUGUAUGAUACAAGAAAAUUUCAUUUUGUCAAUGAUUAUUCCUGGUCCAAAUGGUCCUAGAGAUGCAAUACAUACAUAUCUCCAGCCAUUAAUAGAGGAAUUGAAGGAGUUAUGGGAAGUUGGUGUUGAGACUUCUGAUACAUCAACUAGACAAAAUUUUAAGAUGCAGGCUUCUUUGUUAUGGACCAUCAAUGACUUUCCAGUAUAUGAAAACUUAUCUGGGUGGAGUACAAAAGGAAAAUUGGCAUGUCCAUGUUGCAAUAAAGAUAAUUCUUCAAUUCGAUUGGCUAAUUGUAAGAAGCGGUGUUUUAUGGGUCAUCGGCGUUACAUUCCUCAUAGUGAUAAAUGGAGGAAUGAGACGAAGACAUUUGAUGAAAACAAAGAGGAAAGUCCCGCACCCAAAAUACGUUCUGGUAUUGAGAUAUUUGAUAAAGUGCAAGAUCUUGAAGGGCUUCCGUUAUCAAAAGAUCCAAAGAAAAGGAAGAAGAUUUCACAUGAAAAAUGGCAGGAUAAUUGGAACAAGAAAAGCAUCUUUUUUGAACUUCCAUAUUGGAAUUGUCUCCUGUUGCGACACAAUUUGGAUGUUAUGCAUAUUGAAAAGAAUAUAUGUGAUAAUAUUAUGGGUACAAUAAUGAGUGUCAAAGGAAAGACCAAGGACACAAUUAAAACACGGUUAAACUUGCAGGAAAUUAACAUUAGGUCGGACAUGCAUCCAAUUCAAAAUAGGGAGAAAAUUGAAUUUCCCACUCCAUGCUACAUAUUGUCUCCUGAAGAUAAGCACAAAUUAUGCCUUUUCUUAAAAAAUCCAAGGGUUCCUGAUGGGUUUUCAUCUAAUAUUUCUCAAUGUGUGAACCUAAAAGAUCACAAGAUAUUUGGAUUGAAAAGUCAUUAUUGUCAUGUUCUUCUUCAACAUUUACUCCUUCUUGCACUUUGUGGUAUGAUGUCUAAAGAAGUGUGUAAACCACUUCUUGAUUUAUCAAUCUUUUUUAGUGUUCUUGGAUCAAAGGAGUUGAAAAUUGAUAACUUGAAUCAUAUUGAAGCUCAAAUUCCCAUAACACUUUGCAAGUUAGAAAAGGUCUUCCCUCCUUCAUUUUUUGAUGUCAUGGUGCACUUACCUAUUCAUUUAGCUAGUGAAGCUAAGGUUGCUGGACCAAUUCACUAUCGGUGGAUGUAUCUUGUGGAACGAUGGUUGUAUUUUUUGAAAUCUCUCAUUGGUAAUAGGGCAUGUCCUGAAGGUUGUAUUGUAGAAGGCUAUAUUGCAAUUGAAUGCAUGACCUUACGUUCGAGGUAUCUGCAUAGAAUUGACACAAAUAUCAAUCAACCUGAAUGA